AACUGCAGCAUCUCUGAAACCCGCUGCAGAUUUUAAUAGCUGUCAUCCGUCCUAAAAAUACAUUCGCACCUCGUUACUGUAGCGUGCUUUUUCUCGGGAGACCGGGUGGAUAACAGGUCCUGUUAUCCAUCCUCAGGACACCCUCAGCUGCCCGGUACCUGUCCUGGCUAACCUCCCUCCUUAGCGGUGCGCCUGUUGCCGGGCGGAGGUGACUCCCGAGGUGCCGAGCCCGCCCCUCCGGCCGUGCCCGGGGGGAGGAGGCAGAGAGGAAGGGAGGGAGGGAGAGAGGCUGGGCGAGGGCCGCCGCGGCGCCCCGCUCAGCGCAGCAGCCCGCGCCCCGCCGCCAGCGGCGGCUCCUCAGGCGGCGGCGGGGGCAGGUGCGGGCGCUUCCGCGUCGCGCUGCGAAGAGGAGCAGGAGGAGGAGAAGGCGAAGGAGGAGGCGGUGGCGGCGAGGGCGGGCGGGCGAGCGGCAGGGCCGGCAGCCCCGAGCUUGUCCGGCGUGCCCGUGGGCGUGCUCCCCGGCGGGGCGGGCCGGGCCGCCGCCGCUAACUUUGCCUCUUCGCGAAGAGCCUUCCUCCGGCAGCCAGAGGGUCGUCGGAGCUCCGGCGGUCCGGAGCCGACCCCCGCGAUGAAGGGCCGCCGGCGGUGGCGGGGCGAGCACCGCCGUUUCGCCGCCGUGUUGGUCCUGUACACGCUGGUGCUGCUCCUGUUGGUACCCUACGCUCUGGACUACGGGGCCCGGCGCGGGCGGGCGGACGAGGAGCCGCUGCUGCGGCGCUGCCCCAGCCUGGAAGAGGCGCUGAGCGAGUGGGGCUGGGAGCAGCAGCAGCCGCCGCUGGACGAGGAAGAGGAGGACGAGGACGGGGACGAGGCGGCGGGUAACGGCAGCGCGGCGGGGAAGCGGCACAUCUACCUGCACGCCACUUGGCGCACGGGAUCCUCCUUCCUCGGGGAGCUCUUCAACCAGCACCCCGACGUCUUCUACCUCUACGAGCCCAUGUGGCACCUGUGGCAGGCCCUGUACCCGGGGGACGCGCUGAGCCUGCAGGGCGCCCUCCGCGACAUGCUGCGCGCCCUCUUCCGAUGCGACUUCUCCGUCCUGCACCUCUACGCCGCGCCGCCCGGCCCCCGCGACCCGCUGGCCCCCGCCCCGCCCGCCGCCGACAACCUCACCACGGCCGGCAUCUUCGGCUGGAGGACCAACAAGGUGAUCUGCUCGCCGCCGCUCUGCCCCGGUGCUCCGCGGGCCCGCGGCGAAAUCGGCCUCGUCGACGGCGCCGCCUGCGAGGAGACGUGCCCGCCGCGGGCGCUGCGGGAGCUGGAGGCCGAGUGCCGCAAAUACCCAGUGGUGGUCAUCAAGGACGUGCGGCUGCUGCAGCUGGGCGCGCUGCUGCCGCUGCUGCGGGAGCCCGGCCUCAACCUCCGCGUGGUGCAGCUCUUCCGCGACCCCCGCGCCGUCCACAACUCCCGCCUCAAGGCCCGGCAGGCGCUGCUGCGGGAGAGCAUCCAGGUGCUGCGCAGCCGGCACCGCGCCGAGCCGCGGGGGACGCUCCGCCACCCGCACCAGCAGCUGCCCGGCGUGCUGGGCGGCGGGCGGGCGCCGCAGCACCGCGCCGAGUUUUUCCUCGGCGGCGCCCUGGAGGUGAUCUGCCAGGCCUGGCUGCGCGACCUCCUCCUGGCCCGCCGCGCCCCGGCCUGGGUCCGCCGCCGCUACACGCAGCUGCGCUACGAGGACCUGGUGCGGGAGCCCCGCGCCCAGCUGCGCCGCCUGCUCCGCUUCGCCGGGCUGCCCGUGCCGCCCGCGCUGGAGGACUUCGUGCUCAACAUGACCCGCGGCGCCGCCUACUCCUCCGACCGGCCCUUCCUCAUCUCCGCCCGCGACGCGCGGGAGGCCAUCCAUGCCUGGCGGGAGCGCCUCAGCCGGCAGCAGGUGCGGCAGGUGGAGGCCGCCUGCGGCGAGGCCAUGAGUCUCCUCGCCUACCCGCUCAGCGCCGGCGACGCCCGGUAGCGCCCGCGCCCGACGCCGGGUGAGGGCCGGGCUGGGGGCCGCGGCUGCGGCGGGCGGUCCCGAGGGCGGACGGGCGCUGUGGGGCCGAGCUGGGCGCGGGGUGCCGUUCGCCUCACGGGCCGGGCGCUCCCGGCCCGCUGGCGCAGACCAGCCUCGCCUCAGGAGCAGGCGGUGCUGCAGGGCUCAGGGCCCUGCUUCCCGCUGCUGGCUUUGGUGGGGCUGCGCUUCCUCGUGGGACCGUGGCCACCGCUGAGAGGGCAUGGAGAAUGCUUUGUUUAAGAGAAGGGUUUGGUAAGAGGUGUCCUCUGGGCACAGCACCUCACGUGGAAUGGUGACCGCACACAAAGCACAGGUGUUCUUCAAGAAAACUGCAUUGAAACUUAAAAAUCUCCCAGAUGAAGACUCUCAGCAAGGAACUAGAGGGCUUCAAAGGUGAUGCUGCAGGAGCAUCACCAUUCCCGAGCACUGAAGCAUGCUGGGCUCUCAUAUUGCUACUGAAACAUGUACUGUGAAGUGUGAAACACUUGAGUGAAGUUGGCUGCAGACUCCACUGGAAGCCCAGGCAGGCAGGAGUGUGCCGGCCGCUGGGGAGGGCUUGGCUCUCCUGCUCCCGACCGACUGGGUGGCUCCACAGGGAUGGUUGCUGCCAGGACGGGUUGCUGAUGCUCGGGGUGGGGGGGCACAGGCUGAGGGGCGGGGGCCGUGUCAAACCCCAUCCAUCAUUCAGAGCAGUGGGGUAAGCAUUAACCUGCUUAUGUGUUUUGAAGAUGUUUGUGGCAGAAAUCUUUGCAUUUCUAAAGAAAUCUGUAAUUCCUUUUAAAGUAGGGAUUCUUUUUUAAUAUAUUGAUAUAUUUUGGUGGUGAUACUCAUGUGAGAUACCCGUGACUAACAUGUUACUUGGGGACACACUUGGGGGUGACUGUAACUGGAAGGCGAACGCUCAAUGUUUCCAUUUGGUUUUCUUAGCCAGAUGAGAGAACCACUUUUCUUCCCUUGCUUCCGGGCUGACACAUUGUGCCGUGCACAGGGUCCUCCUGGUCACAUCCCUUCCGAACAAUAACAUCCUCUCAGCUGGCAAGUCCUGGACAAAAGCAAAUGUUUCCUAAGAGGCCAAGACAAAAUUAAUCGCGAAGUUCCCAAAUAAAAAAUUGUAUUAAAAAAGAAAGAAAAAAACCCCAAACUUAAGUUUCAUUUGGGUUUUUAAAAAUAUUUUUUCCUGUAAAUAUCCUGCAACUUGUAUGAGAAGGGUGUGCAUGCGUGUGUGUGUAUAUAUCUGUGAGUACCUCUUUAUUUCUUAAUCUGGAGAUAGAAGGUUCAGUUGUAACUUAGGGAUGCAGGAUUGUGACUUCUUGGCAUCUGCUUUUGGGUCCAUUACAGUCUGGUAGCGUUUAAAUGGCCCCACAAGAGUACACAGGGUUAUAGGGAUAUUUACAUGCAGUCCUCAAAACAAACUGAGAACAUGAACUUCAAACAGAAUAAUGUGGGAUCAGGAAGAAAGAAAUAUUUAUAUAAAGUGUUGGAAAACAGCGUUUCAAAUACAUUAUGUUAUCAUGGAGGAAACAUUUGGAUUGCAUUGUAGGUGUUCGUGCUCUGAAUAUUGUGCUGUAAAACCCAUCAGUGUGUUAGGAUGAACCUUCUGUUACUUCAGCUCUUUUUCUUCCUUGCCCCUCCCACCUGCAAGUACGCUGGCACAAGAAGCCGGUUUCUUUCAUUGUCUGACAGGGAAAUGUAGCCAUAAAAAUGCGUUUGAGUAAAUCUACCCAUUUCACAGUAGCCUGCUUCAUACAAUUCUGCAUCCUUUGGUUUCUGCUUGAAGCAGAAAUUUCAGGGGCUCAUUUUAUGCUGGAACAACCCUUGGUAUGCUCUAAGGGAUGUUUUUGUACUCUCAGGCACUGUGAGAGCAAAAUUUGUCUCUGGAUGUUCUGCUGGUAUGUAUAGCAAUGGUAUUUGUAUGGAUGGACAAUACCUAUAUUAACGCCUUGAUAACCUAUGUUGGGUAACCUAUUUUGGAAGGCUUCUCUGGGAGUAUACCCAGCUUGGCUUGUACUGACAGGCUUGGGAAGAAAUUAAGAUUUUCUUGCAAGCCAAAAGACGAUACAGUACUUAUUUUCUUACAUCAUUUGGGAGAUUAAAAUCCGGUAUAUCUUGUUGAUUUGUUUUUAGCAAGUGGCAAUCACAGAUUUGUACAGUGCUACUGUUACACAUGCACUUCACCUCGACAGGGAAUCUCAUCUCACCUCACUGUUUCAGGUGGUAAAUGUCUUUCAUAAGAAGCUUCUGGAAAUCCGCACUUAGUUUCACUUACACUGGUUCAUUGUGAUGAAGAAAGAAGUGUUGCCAUGUAGCUUCACUUGAUGCUGAUAGCUGGGAAGAAGACACUAACUGCAGAUUACUUGGUCUUUUCUGAAGCAGUUUCCCUGUUUGAAAUAGAUGCGUUUUCUGUAUUGAGAAUGAUUUCUCUCAACAGAAGUUGUUCACUAACACAAUUGCUCUUCAUUAGUGAUUCAUUCCAUUUUUUUCUGAUCCCAGGCUGUUCUUUUAGGGUUCUUUUGUAUGCUGUGAAAAGAGUUCUGCUGGGCAAAAUGUAUGAAAUACAGCAAGUGCAAUUUGCAGUUUGCAUUCAGGGUGCGGAGUUCAUUAGAAGACUUCAAAACAAUCCACGGGGAAUAUCCAAAGCUGAAAAAGGAGUGAGAAGCCCAGAGCGGGACCUUGGAGCAGGAUGUGCAAGAGCAUCUAGGACUGGAUGAUGGUUGCUUAAUGACUGAUUUUGCAAUGAGUGUGCGUCAGUCACUAGAAGGCUUUCUAAAAUUCCGCUGCCUAAGGAGGACAACUAGGGCUCUCCAACAAAUGCAUUCCAUUUUUCUCCUCAAAGUGUUUUGAUGGUGUUGGAAAGCAUUGUUCAGGAUGCUUACAGCAUGCACUUACCGGCCUUGAAACUCAUUCCUUGAAGGAAAAAAAUAAUGUAGUGUCGAAUGUCAGUGUUGGUACUUAGCAGAAAAGACCGAAACAGGUCUGACUGGGACGACCAGCAUGCAGUUUCAUGGGCAGAGGUCUUUGGAAGUAAGCAGAGCUUGCUGAAAGCAGGACACCUGUGGUUAAACUGCAUUUUGAGAGCAGCUGGACGUUCAUGGCUCCAUCACCAGCUUUUUUACUGUUACUGGGCUCAACUGAGAUUUUGAAGUAAAGUCCCAGUUCUACUAAAUGAUGUAGAAAACGAAACCAUAACUGCAUCUAUUAGAGCAGAGGAUGGCAUGUUAAGCAAGGGAAUAAUAAACGCAUUUUAUAGCCAAGCCGAACUUGGCAAGCUUAGAAUCAAAAGGUCUGAGCCACGAGCUUUUAGUCGUUCAUACUGAGAUUUGGGAAAAACACCUACUUGUGCUACAUUAAAUGUAAUGAAUUAACAGCUAGUGGGGAACAAAACUGACAAAUGCUCACAAGACUUAUUUCUCUUGUCUGUUUUUACUUUACUUCUGGUCAUCAUGUGUCUGCCUUACAGGAGGUAGAAACUUGAGUACUGUAAUUGUUCAUAAAAGGCUGUGAUAUUUCCACACCAGAACUGUUAAUGUCUCUCUUACAACAUUAUAUCCGUAUUUAAACAGCUGCUUUUGGGGAGACAACUGUAGUGACAUACUUGUGAGAAAUGCUGAAAGUCCAGGGUCAAGAUAUACUUGGCCCCUGCCGUUUUCUCCCUAGAGCAUUACUGACAGAGUCCUUGUAGUUAUCUGUGGCAUGUACUUGCGUACUUCAGAUACAAUAGAAAUAGUUGCAGUAUCUAGUGCUAGAGUGUUAGAACAGUCAUGGAGUUAGGUAUUUCAUAGAAUCAUAGAAUGGAUUGGAAGGGACCUUAAAGAUCAUCCAGUUCCAACCCCCUGCCAUGGGCAGGGACACCUUCCACUAGACCAGGUUGCUCCAAGCCCCGUCCAACCUGGCCUUGAACACUGCCAGGGAUGGGGCAGCCACAACUUCUCUGGGCACCCUGUGCCAGCGCCUCAGCACCCUCAUAGUGGAGAACUUCUUUGUUGUAUCUGAUCUAAAUCUUCCCUCUGUCAGUUUAAAGCUAUUCCGCCUUGUCUUGUCACUACAGGCGCUUGUGAAAAGUCCCUCUCCAGGUUUCUUAUUGCAUGGGUCAUUUUAGCACCCCCAUCAGUCUGUGCAUCAAGAAAAGUUGCAAGCUACUACAUUAAGUUCUAAGUAUCACCACUUUUAGUAAGCUUGAUGUUAAAAAAAGCAGCACAGAAUUUCAGGGUGUAUUACAAUAAUUCACUUAAACAGCAUUUCCGUGAAGAACUGAGCUCCUGAAACACUAAGAUCCAAAAAGGCUGAUGGCAUGUUCUGUUCCUUUCUGGAACACAAAGAGUUGCUGCUGUGACUCUGAUGUGUCUGGAGCAUGGGGACAGUAAGAAGGUGCAUGUCAUCACUCAGGAUCACCCUGCGACCCGUGCAGCACUGGGACUACCUUACAUGUUAUUUUGCCAUUCCUAUUUAAUGUGACACCUACUGCCAUGGAGAAGGAUAUGGGAAAAAUACAUCUGUCAAAGCAAAUCUUGCACUCAUGGAAGUUUUCAGCACCUCACUGGCUACCUGUGUGUUUGUGUGUGUGAGUGAGGGGCUGGGGCCCAGGUUGUCCUUUUGUCUGUGGUUUAAGGGGAUGAAUGUUAAAUCCAAACUCUUUGAGGUGGUGGGUUUCAGUGACUUGAGGCCUGUUGCUCUCUCUUGGGGUGUACCUCUGGCAGUCUUGGCUCUGGACAGUGGGCUGGAAGCCUCUUAAUGCUUUAGUCCUUAGAGUUUGUCAGGGUAUUGAGUGCCGGGAAAUUCUUCCUUCCUUCCUUCCUUUCAGCACUGAGGCAUUAAGCUCUGCUGUUGACCUAUGGUACCUGCAGCAUCGUUUCUUGGUGUUGGUAAAUGGGAAUUGUGUCUUUUCCUGGUGCUUUCAAAUUUGUUUCUCUGUUUCUGAUUGUCCAACUUUGCCAAACUUCAAUUGUACAUAGGCUGAAACUUUUCAUCUUGGGCUUAAGGUUUAAGUCUCUGUGGGGAACUUCAGUCCUAACAGUGCACGUUCUUUUGAACCCAGGGUUAGAAUGUUGUGGCCUUUUGCCUAUGUUCAGAUUCUCAAAGCUGUUUCUUUGUAAUCAUUGGUCACUUCAGUGCUUUGGGACAGGAACUCUAAUUUGGGUAGAGGAAAUGACCUCUGUGUAGAGGAUGCCCCUUGUGUUUUGUUUUUACCUCUGCCUUCUAUUCUGAUUUGGCCAAAUACGUUAAUGUUUGUAAAAAAUGGAUAGCAUGUGCUCAGUAAAAGUGGUUUUGGUAUGUGUGUGUGUAUCUUUGUUUUAUACCAAAUAAAAUCUGCAUUGGUUUUAUCUUCA